UUCUUGGGCACGCCUAGCAGCUACCUUCUUUAUAUUCACAUAAACCCUCCCUUUGCAGCUCCAAAAACACAAACCCAUCACCCUCCUCCUCCUCCUCCUCUUCUCCUUCCAUCUCCUUCCAAGAACCAAUCGAACAAACAAAGGGAGCUCGCCAUUGCUUGCUCCUCGCGGAAGUAACACCAAUGCAUGCCCCGAGGAAGUUCAAGAAGGCCUUCAUGGCGGCGCUCCUGCUGAGCCUGCGUGCGGCCGGUCAGGCGUCCAAGUCCAUGGGCCUCCGGGAGCGCCGGGACGCCGUCAGGCUCUCCUCCGACGUGGCGAUGGCGCUGGCGUCUGCCCGGGCCGGCGGGGCGGCACCACGCCCGACGCCGGCGUGGGCGCGCGCCCUCGUCGCCAGGCACGCGGCGGAGCGGCGCAACGAGGCGGUCAUGCGCCGCAUCAUGGGCGGCGCCGGCUACGAGAUGGCCGCCGCGGCGGUGGCGGCGGCGAGGGGCAGGAAGGAGGCGCGGAGCAGGAGGAUCGUGAGGAAGUCCCGCCGGGUGUGCAGCGGCUCCGCCGGGAGGAAGAGGAGGAGCCCGCUGACGGCGGCGGCGGCGAACAGCGGUGGCGGCAGAUGCGGCGCAAUGGCGGCGGCGAGGUGGAUGGUGAAGGCGAGGCUGCAGGUGCUGAGGAGCCUGGUGCCCGGAGGGGAGGCGCUGCGUGGCCUCUCCCUUCUGAGCGAGACGCUGGACUAUGUCGUGUGCCUGAAGACACAGGUGGAGCUCAUGCAAUGCUUGUGCAAAGGAUCCCGUCCCCAGCUGGGUUGAUUAGGCAGUGAUCUCAUCUCCGGGCAGCAGCCAUUGGGAGACUGCAGCUGCAGACCUGCAUGAGAGGUGUGACAGGAUUCAAUGAAAAUCCUUUACCACCAGGCUAGCUCAUGCAUGCACAAAAAGCAAGGACCGCAACUGAAGCCGUCUGGAUGGGAGGGCUCCAAUCAACAGUGAUGUCUCAGGGAGCCAACUUACUAUAGCUAGUACUAGCAGUACUACCGGUGUAACUAUUGUGCAAGUACAUGUCAUCAGUGCAAAGAUGGGCCUCUGGUUUAGGUGUAUCUCCUAGCUGAGAGCUGUUAGGAUGAACAAAGCCAUUGUCCAUUCUGUGAAAGAAGUUUUGGUGUUAAAUAACUACCAAAGUUUAGUUCUUUUCGGUGGGUGAAAUCUAUAUGAAUGUGGAGCCUCCAAUCUUGAUGAGUCGGGGAUCUUUCUGAAGGCUCUGUUUAUGUAUGCUCGCGUAUGCAACGAUAUGGGUGGUCUGUAUGUACUGGCAAUAAAAAAGAAGGUGAGCUAAUCCA